AUGUCAGAGUUGGUGGGGCUUGAUGUGAAGGCUGCGGUGGACUACAAGAGUACCUCCAGGGCGAGACUGGCCUUCCAAAAACGCGACUUGGAAAUGUCUCGGAUCGAGCAUUUAAAGCCGCUUCCCCACACCGAGUUUCACAGCUCUGCCGUUACAGAUUACAUCAAGUCAGUUGUAUUCGGCGGCCUCGAUGGCAUAAUGACGACCUUUGCCAUUGUUGCAGCGGCUGUUGGUAGCAACAGUAGCUACACGGCAAUUCUUAUUUUUGGGUUUUCCAACGUCAUUGCCGAUGGGUUUUCAAUGGGCUUUGGAGAGUACGUCUCUGGGGAGGCGGAGCGGGAGAAUGCACUGAUUGAGCGUCGUCGAGAGGAGUGGGAGGUAGAGAAUGCCUUUGACCUGGAGGUGGACGAGAUGGUUCAGAUAUAUGAGGCGAGGGGUCUUUCGCAUGAGGACGCCACAACAAUUGUCAACAUCAUUUCCAAGGAUCGAAGACUUUUUGUGGAUUUUAUGAUGAUGGAGGAGCUCGGUCUGGUGCUGGAUCUCAGCGACGUACACAGUCCAAAGAAACAAGGCAUUGUCAUGUUUUUCUCCUUUUUACUGUUCGGUAUCAUCCCGCUGCUGGCGUAUAUUCCUGGGAAGGGUAAAGGUGUGGAUGUCGUCUUUGCGAUAUCUUGCAUCCUGGCGACCGUUGCACUUCUGGUCCUGGGAUCACUUAAGGGAUAUUUAACCGGUAUCAGCAUGUAUCGCUCCGCUACCCUGAUGCUUAUUAAUGGUGUCAUCAGCGGUUUGGUCAGCUACUCUGUUGGUAUGGCCGUCGAAUCUCUUCUUAGUGUGGAGUUUGGUGCUAAAGCGUAG